GUUGCAGCUAGUUGGGCCCCUCUCUUAUCGCUCCUUUUAUCCACGGAAACCAUUCGGUCAUCAUUUGUUCCAUAAUUAAAAGUACUGAAACAACCUCACCUUCCACCGCAAGUUGCGAGCAGCAACAAUGGCGACCUCGACGGCGAUCCCAAUCCUCCCACCGGCACGGAAAUCGAUAUCUUGGGAUAGUGGCAGCAGCCGUGGCGGGACCACGAACAAGAGGACGACAACGAUCAGGUGAGCGGGGCUGAGUGAUCUGAUCGGCGGCGAUCUUCUGCGGCCAGACCUCCGGCAGUGGCUGGAGGAUGUGGAGCGACACAAGGCCCUCGUCGUUUACACCCCGCACGAAGGGGGCUUCGAAGGCCGCUAUCUAACAAGGAUGCGCUAUCAGGGCUACCAGUUCCUUGACCCCAGCGCCGGCGGUCUCGGCGACCCCGAGUCCAUCACUAAGAUCCACCGCGUUUGCCCUCCGCACCUUGGAAAGCAACCAAUUGCAAGAUGGUAUUUUCCACCUGAGGUGGAUUACAGGCUCUCUUUAAUGCCUCCAGAAACCAAAGGCCUUGUUCUUUGGAUUAUUGAAGCCAAGGUUUUAUCAAAAGUAGAACUGCAAUUCCUUGCAUUGCUUCCUACAUUUCUCCCUAAAGUUAAAAUCAUUACAGAGUGUGGCAACUGGAGAAAUUUUGUAUGGCGACCACUUAAGGAAAUCUCUGGCCUUUCAUUUGGUGAAGAAGAAGCUACUGUUUAGCUUCAAGGUUUCCUCUUAUGUGACCAACUAUUCACCUUUUCCUUCCUUUUUUUUUUCCCUAUUUUACUAAUUCUUGUAAAGUCUCUUGAAACAUUAUAUCAUAGUGUUUGCUAGGAAAAGUUAUUAUGAAGUUGACACUGAUUGAUGAUGGCAUAUUGUAUAGUUUAUACGUAUAAAUUCAUCCAACAUUUUAAGCAAACAACAGCAGAAGAAUAGAGCUACUUAAAGCUGCAAUUUGUAAACAAUUUCUUAAUGCAUCCUACUAUUUAAGCUUUUUCGUGUGUUGGUGAAUGGUUCAAGACUUGUUUGGAUGACAAGUGCCAUUUUUAGUGUUGCUGUAUCUAUAUCAUAUAUCAUAUUAUAAAAGUGAAUAAAAUCUCUUAUUCUCCUU